UUUGAUAGUUGAACCUUUCCCAUUAUUCAUUUCACCAACUUUGUUACAAAUACCCACAGCAGCAGCAGUUUCUAAUGCUGAAACUCCUACUGAAGCAAGCCCUCACAAUAAAGAUUACACCCCAGUGGCUGAAGCUAAAGCAAGGGAACUAGCAAAAGUGGUAGCCCCUAAUACCACCACAGUUCCUGUCACUACGGUACCCGGAAUAUCAACUGUGGCUCCUGGUGCUACACUAUUUUCCUCUAUCUCUUCUGAAUAA